AUGCGCUCCAACGGCGCAGAAAGCUCUGCUUCCGGAGCUGGAGCUUCAGGCAGCUCUCCCACCCACCUUUCAGAGAGCUCUAACAUAGAAAGUGCCGUUAUGUCCGCGGCGCACGUGCCCGCUUACGAGGCUCCGAAGUCCGGAUUCGUCACCCGUUUACAAGUUCUGUCCACGCGCAUCCCCAGCAUUUGGGUCGCUCCUUUCUGUGGCGCUACUGCUGGCGUAGCUUCUGGGAUAGUGACGUGCCCGCUCGAUGUGAUCAAGACCAAGUUACAGGCCCAGGGUGGGUUCGCCCGACGAGUGGCACAACAAGACACUGCGACGCUUUACAAGGGCAUGCUGGGCACUGGCAAGACAAUAUUCCGACAUGAUGGUAUCCGAGGGCUUUACCAAGGCCUGGGUCCGAUGUUGCUGGGGUAUCUCCCCACAUGGGCUGUCUACUUGGCAGUCUAUGACGGGUCUCGUGAAUAUUAUGAGAAGACUUGGACAGAUAAUUUCUGGCUCUCACGCGGCUUGGCCUCGAUCACAGCCGGUGCCUGCUCAACAGUUGUGACCAAUCCUAUCUGGGUCAUCAAAACAAGGCUUAUGUCACAAAGCCUCAAGCAAAAUAACGAAGGAUUCCGAGCUCCGUGGCAAUACAAAAAUACAUGGGAUGCGGCUCGCAAAAUGUACCAGAUUGAAGGGUUUCGCUCGUUCUACUCCGGGCUAACCCCUGCUCUUCUCGGUCUUACCCAUGUAGCUAUUCAAUUUCCGCUUUAUGAAUACUUGAAGAUGGCGUUCACUGGGUACGGAAUUGGAGAACAUCCCGAUACUGGCAGCUCCCAUUGGAUCGGCAUCUCAUGUGCCACAUUUUUGAGCAAGGUCUGCGCCAGUACCAUUACUUACCCUCAUGAGGUUCUCCGUACUCGAUUGCAAACGCAACAACGGACGCAUCCAGCUUCAUCACCGGAAGAAAUCUCAUUCCGAGGUGCCGUCAAACAUCCCCACGACAGCAAUCGCCUUUAUGGGGCAUCUUCAUCCGAUGGGAUGCAUGGUCGGCCUCGCUAUCACGGAGUUAUCCGUACCUGUCAGACUAUCUGGCGAGAAGAGGGCGGCCGGGCAUUCUAUUCUGGGAUCGGCACAAACCUAUUCCGGGCCAUUCCGGCGGCUAUGACAACCAUGCUCACUUAUGAGUAUCUGCGGAAGCUUAUCCACACACUCCAGCACGAGGGUGAGAUGCAUCUGGCCAUGCAAAAAGAAAAUGCUAAGUUUACUUGA